AUGCCUUUGCCCCCCAUGAGCUCCGGCGUUGGGCCAGUGAUAGCGGAGGUGGAGAUGAACGCCGGCGCCGACCAGGAUGCCACUACCGUGUGGGCCACUGUUGUGCAGGCCUGCAGCAUGUUCUAUGACACGCCUGCAACGUUCGACAAAGCAGAAAAAUUGACAGCCGAGACAGCUGGAUAUGGUUCACAGUUGGUUCUUUUCCCAGAAGUCUUUGUCGGUGGCUACCCUCAUGGGUCUGCCUUUGGACUAACUGUUGGCAGUCGAUCUGCAAAGGGAAAAGAAGACUUUUGGAAGUACCAUACAGCUGCCAUAGAUGUGCCUGAAUGUUUAGUGCUAGAAAGGAAGUAUAAAGCACAAAAUAAUGUAAGAAAAGCAAUCGUAAUUGACAGCUGUUAUGUUAUUGAACUGAAGCUGAUAAAAAUGAAUAAAUCAACAGAGCGCACCGCCGUUCGUCCUGGAGGGAGUUCCAUCAUCUCGCCAUCUAUGGCAGUGUUGGCAGGCCCCAACUAUGAGGGCGAGGCCCUUCUCACAGCUGACCAGGACAUUGGUGAAAUUGUUCGGGCGAAGUUUGAUUUCGACGCUGUGGGAAACUACAAACGGGCUGAGGUGCCGAGCUUGAGCGUGAAUACCGACGCUGUGGGACACUGCAAACGGGCUUAG